AUGAACCGACCAAUAUUAAUUAGUAUUCUUUCAGAUACACAUGGGUUACAUGAAAAAAUAAAGAUUAGACCAUGUGAUUUUUUAAUAAUUUGUGGAGAUAUAAGUAAAAGAGGAAAAAAAGGAUCAUUAAAAGGAUUUAAAGAAUGGUUAAAUAAUGUUCCAGCAGAUAAUAUUAUUUUAGUUUUUGGUAAUCAUGAAAAGAAAAUUAUUAAAGAAUUAAAAGAAUGGUUAAAAGAUAUACCAAAAUUAUAUAUUCUUAAUGAUUCAAUUCAAAUAAUUAAUAAUAUUCAAUUUCUUGGAUUUUCUUUUCCAAUAAAUGAAGAUAUUGUUGAAUGGGUAAAUAAUACUGUUAUUAAAGAAUUACCAUUAAUUAUUAUUAGUCAUGAACCACCAUAUGGAAUACUUGAUCUUAAACAAACAAAUAGUACAAAAAAUAAUAAAAAAUAUAAACAUGGUGGUUCUAAUAUACUUCUUAAAUAUAUUAUUUCAUUACAACCACAACUUUGUUGUUUUGGUCAUUGUCAUUAUUCUACAGGAACAAAAAGAUAUGGAGAAACAUUAUUUGUAAAUGCAGCUAUAGUAAAUGAAUUUGGACAACUUAGUAAACUUCCUAAAGAAUUAAUUUGUUUUAAUAAAUAUUUCUUUGAUGCAGUUUGGAGUGAUUCUGUAAAGGAUAGAUAUUUUCUUUUUGAAUAA